AUGGCAGAAAGCAAACCAUCGGGCACGGCUUCGGAAACCAAGUGGGAUAAUCCCAAUCACCAACUAUACCUUCAUUAUUCAGACCAACCAGGUGCUAUUCUUGUGCCGCAGCCCUUGGUCGAAGAUAAUUACAGCACAUGGAAACAAUCCAUGACUAUGGCCUUAACGGUCAAGAACAAAAUCGGACUCUUAGGCGGUUCGAUCAAGGAGCCAAAUGGAAAGGAUCCAAGUGAAUGGAAGCAGUGGAAUCGUUGCAAUAAUCUAGUCCAAACUUGGCUGCUAGGGUCGAUGUCAAAAGACAUCGCCGGCAGCGUGAUUAAAUGCAAGAAUGCUAGACAGAUGUGGCUGGAACUGCAGGAGAGAUUCUCACAUGUGAACGUGGUUCAACUGUUCAAUAUCAAGAACGAGAUUCAUGACUGUGUGCAGGGAAGUAUGUCAGUGGGAUCUUACUUCACGAAAUUGAAGGGACUAUGGGAUGAACGUGAUGCUUUGUGCACCUUCCCAAUCUGCUCUUGUGGAUCGGUCAAAGAAGUGGCUGCAUAUUUGGACACGCAAAAGACCAUGAAGUUCCUCAUGGGUCUCUAUGACUCAUAUGCAAGUGUUCGCAGCAACACUUUGCUGCAAGAUCCCUUACCCACAGUGAACAAGGCGUAUUCCCUAAUUCUGCGGCAUGAGAAGCAAUCGGAAGUGACAGCGGGUAAAGCUCAGGCACAACCGGAUGCGGCCGUGUUUGCCGUGAAGAAUUCUAGCCGUGAAUCCGAAGGAGAAAAGGGUGAGUUGAAGUGCACCAAGUGCAACAAAACAAAUCACACUGCCAAGAAUUGCCGUGCACACCUAAAAUGCACAUUUUGCGGAUGGAAGGGUCACAUAGCCGAGUAUUGCCGCAAGAAGAAGGCAGCAGUUGAGGCCGAGUUUGGUGCGAUGAUUUCCAAAGGGAACCAAGCAGCAACGUGUGAGACAGAGAGGAAGGAGAUGGGGUGGUUAUAA